GUUUCUCCAAUCUCCAUUUCUUUCCUCUCUCCCUCUCUGGAUCCGAACACCAUUCAGAAUUCUAGACAGUUUUUGAAUUCUUCCUCUGUUGGAAUUCUGCGUAUUCAUUGUUGGAUCAAAACCGAUGGCGUCCGAGCAAUUGAUGUCCGGCACCGGCCACCGCUACCACUCGAUACAGGAACCAUCGCCUACGAAGAUGUCUUCCUUCUUCUCCUUCUCCACUGCUCCCGCUCCCGAGACCUCUCGUAUUUUCGACGAGUUGCCCAAGGCUACGAUCGUCUCCGUCUCCAGGCCUGAUGCUGCCGAUAUCAGCCCCAUUCUAUUGACCUACACAAUCCAGUUUCGGUACAAGCAGUUCAAAUGGCGGUUAGUGAAGAAAGCUUCUCAUGUUUUUUAUCUACACUUUGCCUUGAAGAAACGCUUGUUAUUUGAAGAAAUUCAUGAGAAGCAAGAACAGGUUAAAGAAUGGCUUCAAAAUCUAGGAAUAGGGGAUAACACACCAGUUGUGCAUGAUGAAGAUGAACCAGAUGAUGAUCCUGUUCCUUUACAUCAUGAAGAAAGUGUUAGAAACAGGGAUGUUCCAUCUAGUGCUGCUCUUGGGGUCAUUCGGCCAGUCCUUGUGAGGCAGUCCUCAAUGUCAGACAGAGCAAAAGUUGCAAUGCAAGAGUAUUUGAAUCAUUUUCUGGGAAACUUGGAUAUUGUCAACUCUCGAGAGGUUUGCAAGUUCUUGGAGGUUUCAACGUUGUCAUUCUUGCCAGAGUAUGGCCCUAAGCUGAAGGAAGAUUAUGUAAUGGUGAAGCAUCUACCAAAAAUUGCUAAGGAUGAUGAUUCUAAAAAAUGUUGUGCAUGCAGUUGGUUUGAUUGUUGUAAUGACAACUGGCAACGGGUGUGGGCUGUACUAAAGCCUGGAUUCUUGGCCUUGCUAAGAGAUCCUUUUGAUACCAAACCUUUGGAUAUAAUUGUUUUUGAUGUGCUACCAGCUUCAGAUGGUAAUGGCGAGGGCCGAGUUUCAUUAGCAGCAGAAGUAAAGGAACGUAAUCCUUUGCGCCAUGCAUUUAAAGUCACAUGUGGAAACAGAAGCAUAAGGAUACGAACCAAGACUGGUGCCAAAGUUAAGGAUUGGGUUGCUGCAAUUAAUGAUGCGGGCCUUAGGCCUCCUGAGGGUUGGUGUCAUCCUCAUCGUUAUGGCUCAUUUGCUCCUCCUAGGGGUUUGGCAGAAGAUGGUAGUCAGGCUCAGUGGUUCAUUGAUGGUAUGGCAGCAUUUGAUGCUAUUGCUUCAUCAAUUGAGGAUGCUAAAUCAGAGAUAUUUAUUUGUGGCUGGUGGCUUUGCCCGGAACUCUAUCUACGCCGUCCUUUUCAUGCUCAUGCUUCUUCCCGGCUUGAUGCUUUGUUAGAAGCCAAAGCUAGGCAAGGGGUUCAGAUAUAUAUCCUUCUCUACAAAGAAGUAGCUAUUGCUUUAAAAAUCAACAGUGUAUAUAGCAAGAAGAAGCUUCUCAGAAUUCAUGAGAAUGUAAGGGUAUUGCGCUAUCCCGACCACUUCUCUAGUGGUGUUUACUUGUGGUCCCAUCAUGAAAAGCUUGUAAUUGUUGAUCACAAUAUUUGUUUUAUUGGAGGACUUGAUUUAUGUUUUGGUCGCUAUGACACAUCUGAACACAAAGUGGGUGACAGACCUCCUUUAACAUGGCCUGGAAAGGACUAUUAUAACCCAAGGGAAUCUGAACCAAAUUCAUGGGAAGAUACAAUGAAAGAUGAGUUGGAUCGUGGAAAAUACCCUCGAAUGCCUUGGCAUGACGUCCAUUGUGCCCUUUGGGGACCAUCCUGUCGGGAUAUUGCACGGCACUUUGUUCAGCGAUGGAACUAUGCAAAGAGAAAUAAAGCUCCCUAUGAGGAAGCAAUUCCACUACUCAUGCCUCAGCAGCACAUGGUUAUUCCACAUUAUUUGGGUAGAAAUCAAGAGACAGAAUCAGAGAGUAAGACAUUUGAAGAUAAUUCAAAGAACAUGAAAAGACAGGAUUCCUUUUCUUCUAGAUCGUCUUACCAAGAUAUUCCACUACUUUUGCCUCAAGAGCCAGAGGAAUUGAGUAGUUCCCAUGGAUCUCCAAUGUCAGUUGGGUUGGAUACUACUACGAGAAAAGGUGUUUCUUUUGCGUUCCGAAAGUCAAAAACAGAACCCUUGGUUGCAGAUACGCCGAUGAAGGGCUUUGUAGAUGACCUCGAUGCCUUGAAUAUUGGUAAAAAACCCCCAGAUCUUAAGAAGCAGCUUACUACCAACCUAGAGUGGUGGGAAACACAGGAGCGGGGUGAUCAGGUCAGUUUAAUAGAGGAAGAUGGAUCAGUUGGUCCACAGACGUCAUGUCGUUGUCAGAUUAUAAGGAGUGUCAGUCAAUGGUCUGCUGGAACCAGCCAAAUUGAAGAGAGCAUUCACUGUGCUUAUUGUUCUCUCAUUGAAAAAGCAGAACACUUCAUCUAUAUUGAGAAUCAAUUUUUCAUAUCAGGUCUUUCAGGGGAUGAAGUUAUACGGAAUCGUGUGCUAGAAGCAUUAUACCGCCGUAUUCUACGGGCAUACAAUGAUAACAAGUGUUUCAGGGUUAUUGUUGUCAUACCACUGCUUCCUGGGUUCCAGGGUGGCAUUGAUGAUAGUGGGGCUGCAUCAGUAAGAGCUAUAAUGCAUUGGCAGUAUCGAACUAUAUGCAGAGGACAAGAGUCAAUAUUGCAUAGCCUUUCUGAACUUCUUGGUCCUAAAGCUCAUGAUUACAUUUCUUUUUAUGGUCUGAGAGCAUAUGGUAACCUUUGUGAUGGUGGUCCUGUUGCCACCAGUCAGGUAUAUGUGCAUAGUAAAAUCAUGAUUAUUGAUGACUGUGCAACCUUGAUUGGAUCAGCUAACAUCAAUGAUAGGAGCCUGCUAGGUUCAAGAGAUUCUGAGAUUGGGGUGCUUAUUGAAGACAAAGAAUUAGUUGAUUCAUGUAUGGGGGGGAAACCAUGGAAGGCUGGAAAAUUUGCUUUGAGUCUUCGCCUCUCAUUGUGGUCUGAACACCUUGGUCUCCACCAAGGAGAGGUGAAUCAGAUAAUUGACCCAAUAAGUGAUUCAACUUAUAGAGAUAUAUGGGUUGCAACUGCAAAGAUGAAUACCACAAUCUAUCAGGAUGUCUUUUCUUGUGUACCCAGUGAUCUCAUACAUUCCAGAUUUGCAUUCAGACAAAGUAUGGCGUCCCUGAAGGAAAAACUCAGUCACAGUACAAUUGAUUUUGGAAUAGCCCCUGAGAAGAUAGAAACAUACCUAAAUGGAGUUGUCAAACAAACAGAUCCCAUGGAUAGAUUAAAGUCGGUGAGGGGACAUCUUGUUUCUUUCCCAUUAGAUUUUAUGUGCGAAGAAGAUUUAAGACCCGUGUUUAAUGAGAGUGAAUAUUAUGCCUCUCCUCAUGUUUUUCAUUAGUGGGAAGUUAACCAAGCCCCAUUAUUUUCAUUUCAACUCAAUCUGCUCCAAACUUCCCUCAUUGUUUUUCUUUCCCCUAACAAAAUUGCACAUAGAGAAGAGAGAGAAUAGAGGGAGCUCUAUGUAUUUUUCUUUUCUUUUGCUCUCUCAAAUGUAUCUUUUUUGUAAAUGUCUACAUUCUUUCUUUUAUUUGUCUCCAUCUGAGUUAGUA